AUGGAUCGACCCAGCUUCCAGCCCGAAGCAGGCAGGAGACUGUGUAAGUCAAAGGCCUGUCAAGCCCAUCGCCAGGUCAGCGUCAAGGUCUGUCCCAAGGACACUGAGAUGAAAACAGCAGAAGAGCCAACCCCGAAUCUUGGGCAGACCCUGGAGUGGCUGAGGAAGGAGCUGGCUGAGAUGCAGAUCCAAGACCAGAAGCUUCUGCUCACACUGAGGCAUCUUCACAGUGUCAUGGAGGAGCUGCGUUCUGAGAGUGCCCACUGGGAAGAUGCCAUGUCCAGCAGAGGGACAUCACCUAUCAGAGCUCGAGCAGGCUCUGAAGGCAGGGGUCACCAGCCCAUGUCAUCCAGGCGGCUGGUCCAGCUCCUUCAAGGGGUAGACAUCAGACGAAGCUCCCUCCCUUAACUGGUUAGAGAUGACCCUGGACUUGAAACUCCACCUCCCACUAGUCUAAGUUUUGUGAUGUUGUUGAGUGGGGGACACAGGAAUGGGAGUCAUGAAGUGUCCAGGUUCACUAUGUGUCCCUGGACCCAUCACUCACCUUCUCUGUGUCACUGGUUCCUUUUCUGUCACUUAUCAGCAUUGUUGAUGAGG